GCUGUUUCCUGUCUACAGUGUCUGUGUAAUGUAGAUAAAUGUGAGGAUUUUCUCUAAAUCCCUCUUCUGUUUGCUAAAUCUCACUGUCACUGCUAAAAUCAGAGCAGAUAGAGCCUGCGCAAUGGAAUAAACUCCUCAAUAUUGAAAUGUGACAUUGCUCUCAACAUCUCACAUCUCUCUGGAUUUCUUUUUUCUCAUCAUUACUGCUAACAAAUUCAUUUCCAGACUUUGCACUUUUAAGAAGCAAUGGAAAAAAUCAACAGUCUUUCAACACAAUUAGUUAAGUGCUGCUUUUGUGAUUUCUUGAAGGUGAAGAUGCACACUGUGUCCUACAUUCAUUUCUUCUACCUUGGCCUGUGUUUGCUUACCUUAACCAGUUCUGCUGCUGCUGGCCCAGAAACACUCUGUGGUGCUGAGCUGGUUGAUGCUCUUCAGUUCGUGUGUGGAGACAGAGGCUUUUACUUCAGUAAGCCUACAGGGUAUGGAUCCAGCAGUAGACGCUUACACCACAAGGGAAUAGUGGAUGAAUGCUGCUUCCAGAGUUGUGACCUGAGGAGGCUGGAGAUGUAUUGUGCUCCAAUAAAGCCACCUAAGUCUGCGCGUUCUGUACGUGCUCAGCGCCACACUGAUAUGCCAAAAGCACAAAAGGAAGUGCAUUUGAAGAAUACAAGUAGAGGGAACACGGGAAACAGAAACUACAGAAUGUAAGAACAUGCCAUCCACAAGAAUGAAGAAUGAAUGUGCCAUCUGCAGGAUACUUUGCUGUAAAUAAAUUAUUUGUUAAACAUCGGAAGACUUAAAAAACCCUAUGGUUUAAUAAGCUUGAUGCUAUCUCAACCAAUGGGCAUUCUCCCAGUGAACAACAUGCAACUAAACAUUCCAAUAUUAAGUCUUUAGAGAACAGAACAUUUUAACCAGCCCAGAACUAAAAAAUUCUGUGGUUGAUGUAUUACUGUUUGUUAACCUGUUGUAACUGUCCUGCACAAAAUCUCUUAAAGUCCUGUGCCCCUCAAAAGCCUACAAAUUUACGGGCCUUUGAUGGAUCCAAUUGCACUAAAUUAACCUAUGAA